ACAAACGGAUAUUGUCCAAGCGUGACUUCCUGGUGUCACCUCCUUUUACGUCCCCAAAAUGGCGAGCAUCGCUGCCGCAGCCGCCGCCGCUGCAGCCGCCGCUGCCGCCGCGAACAGAGAUCCAGCCGUUGACCGUUCGUUGAGAUCCGUGUUUGUGGGGAACAUCCCGUACGAAGCCACAGAAGAACAGCUGAAAGACAUCUUCUCUGAAGUCGGACUUGUUGUUAGCUUCAGGUUGGUGUACGACAGGGAGACAGGAAAGCCAAAGGGAUAUGGCUUCUGCGAAUAUCAAGACCAGGAGACGGCCCUCAGUGCCAUGCGGAACCUGAACGGGAGAGAGUUCAGCGGCCGGGCGCUCCGCGUUGACAACGCAGCCAGUGAGAAAAACAAGGAAGAGCUCAAAAGUUUGGGGACAGGAGCCCCCAUUAUUGAGUCUCCUUAUGGAGACACUCUCCAGCCAGAGGAGGCACCGGAGUCCAUCAGCAGAGCUGUGGCCAGUCUGCCUCCAGAGCAGAUGUUUGAACUUAUGAAACAGAUGAAGCUGUGUGUGCAGAACAGUCCCCAGGAGGCAAGGAACAUGCUGCUGCAGAACCCUCAGCUGGCGUACGCUCUGCUGCAGGCCCAGGUGGUCAUGCGGAUUGUUGACCCUGAGAUAGCCUUGAAAAUGCUCCACCGUCAGACUACAGCCCCGCCACUGAUUCCCAGUGCGCAGGGUGGAGGAGCGCCGCCCGUCAAUCCACCUCCCGUGCAGCCCAAUGUGCCAGUGCCUCAGCCGCAGCCUGUGCCUGGAAUGCACGUGAAUGGAGCCCCUCAGAUGAUGCAACCCCCCAACAUGGGCGUUGUCCCAGGUCCAAUGCCUGUACCGGGACCUGGACCGGGUGCAGUCGGACCUCCAGGAAACCUUCAGCAUUCUCCCACAGGAUCGUCUGGCCAAGCUGCCAUCGAGCGUCCUCCAGGACCAGGUGGCAUCCCCCCCAGAGGGCUGCUGGGUGAUGGUCCUAAUGAUCCCAGAGGAGGAACUCUGCUGUCCGUCACUGGAGAGGUCAUAGAUCCCAACCGGGGCUACAUGGCCGCUCCGCCACAACACCAAGCCCCACCUGUGCACAUGCCCCCAAUGGCCAGUGGACCCCCUCCGGAUAUGAGAGGACCUCCGAUGGAUAUGAGAGGCCCACCCAUGGUUGAACCACGAGGCAUGAUCGGUGACCCCAGAGGGCCCCCGAUGAUGGAGCCACGGGGGCCUCCGAUGGAAACCAGAGGUCGUGACCCGAGGGCGAUGGACGCUCGUGGGCCAGUGGCUGCGCAAAGGGUUCCCAUGGCGGGGGCCAUGCAGGUCCCCGUUUCUCACAGCAUGGGUCCAAACGCUCCUCCUCCAGCAAGACCUGGUCCUGGUGUUCCUCCAUCAGGAGGUGGCUUCAGUCCAGGGCAGAGCCAGGUCUCCACACAGGACCAGGAGAAGGCUGCCCUUAUCAUGCAAGUCCUGCAGCUGACACCAGAACAGAUCGCCAUGUUGCCCCCAGAGCAGAGGCAGAGCAUUCUCAUCCUCAAAGAGCAGAUUCAGAAGACUGCAGGGGGGGCACCAUGAGGACCGACCCCCAAAAGGCAGAGGGCUCCACUCUGAUCACGUCACCUUCAGCUGCAACAUGUCUAAAGAGGCCUCAUCUUAGUCUGGAACCUUGUAUAGUUUACGAUUCAAAAAAAAAAAUCAUUUUGUCUUUUUCUGAAUGAAAGAGUAAAGUUGUGGAGUUUUCAUUUGCUUUCUCCAAAGCCGACUUUUCAUAUUAUUGUUCUGGAUGAAUAUUGUUUUGUCAAUAAAAAAAUGUUUUAAAAGA